ACGUGUGGCUGCUGAGUGGACACCGGAUGUAGAUGCCUCAGCAGGCCGGUGGAGCACGAGUAUCAAAUGUCCCAUGUGCCGGGUGGAUGUCGGAUAUUGUUAUCUCGGCGGAUCCACGGAGCUAUGGAGGCCAGCGUGCCGCAGAUUCGACAUUUUGACGGAGGGUGUAGCACAGACUGCAGAAAAGAAGAAUGUGACACGGCGGGCAUAAACCACCGCAAGAACGAAUGCUUUAACGAGGGGACGAGUGUGGUGUGGGUUACUUAUAUUCACAUAAGUAGUAUAUAACAGUGGUCAGGUAUAGAAUGUAUUUCAGUAGAAGGUCGAUGAGGAAAGAACUAAGACGAAACUCAAUUGGUAUAAAAACGCAUGAACAAUGAAAUUUCAGUUAAUGGAUUGAUGUUUGCAACUAGAACAGUCAAGUUUGAUAUGAUGGAUUGAUAUUUUUGCAAAUUAACGAUUUACUAACAUAGUUCUCAGAUUUUAUUGAGAUGUUCUGUAAUUAUGUGCUCAAAUACAUCCAAAUGUCCCAUAUUGAUGUUCUUGUUCACUACAAUACUACUUUCGAAUGAACAUAGAAAUUAGCUAAUAAUCUACUUUCAUUGUUGCUAUGAGUUCAGUUCAGAUAAAAAAAUGUGUAACUUAUGAAUCGUUUCAAUAUUGCUUUGGUUUUUUGUUAACUAUCUACUUAUCGAUUGAACGUAUUUACAAAGUUUUCUCUAUUCUUUCUAUUUUGUAGAAAAAAAAAUUUUUUUUAUUUUUUAUUUUUUAUUUUUUUACAUUCAAUAAUCAUUACAUAAUAUCUUUUUAUUUAUAAUCAAUCAAUGAAUCAAUCAAUAAAUCAAUAAAUUGAUCAAUCAAUCAAUCCAUCUAUCUGAUCAUGAAAGAAAUUAAUACAAAUUAUGAAAAUUAUUUAAAUUUAUUACAAGAACGUAAUAAACAACGUAAAUUAUUAAAUCAAAAAACUGAAGAGGAUUUAUUAAAAGAACGUUUAGAAAAAGGUUUUCAAUUAUAUUUUAAUGCAGCAACAAAAUAUUUAAAAAAUCAUUCAUAUCCAUAUCAUUAUACUACUCAUAAUACUACUCAUAAUACUACUUAUAAAUUAAAAAAUCAACGUCAUCAAAAUAGUUCAAAUAUAAUAACCAAAAAAAUUCCACGUAAAACAUGGGGUGAUAUUUAUAUACCAUUUUAUGAAAAUAAAAUAAUUCAUAAAAAGAAUCAAUCUUUAUUUGAAUUAUAUCAUCCAAAAUCUGUAUUAUGUAAGAAUUUACUUCGAAUUAAGUCAUCAUCAGCAUCAUCAUCACCGUCACCGUCAUCACCCUCACCGUCAUCACCGUCACCGUCAUCAUCGUCACCGUCAUCAUCAUCAUCCUCAGGAGGAGGAGCAACAGCAACAGUAGUAGCUUCAACUUGUAAACAAUAUAAUGAAUCUAUAACAUCAUUCAAUCAUUUUACAAUAAAGAAUAAUUUGAUCUAUAAUGAACCAAUGAUAAAUCCAUACAAUAUAGAAUCCUUUGAAAGAAUUACAUUUCAUUUAGAUAUAUUUAAUAAUUGGAAUAAUAAAUUAUGGAUUGGUUUAAAUGGUAUUGAAGUAUUAUUAAUCAAUAAUACAACAUCAAUAAAAAUUUAUCCAAAAUUAAUCAAUAUUUAUAAAAUCAAUCCAAAAGAUAAUGUCAAUACUGAUACACAUAGUAAUAAUCAUUCAAUAUCAAAUGAUUAUCUAUUUCAAUCAAUAUUUAAUCAAACAAAUAUAAAAAAGAUAUGGAGUAUACAUAUUGAUUAUUUACCAUUACGUAUUGAAUUUAUUUAUUUAUUAAAACAAUUUCAAUGGAAUGAUCAGAUUAGAUUCAAUAUAUGGAAUUAUAAUUAUUCAAAUUUCUAUCAUAUUAGUGGUGUAAAACAAUGUCUACUAAAUGUAAUUUAUGGGAAGAAGAUCUUCACACUGUAUAAUGAUAUUCUACCAAAUAUUAAUAAUAAUAAUAAUAAUAAUAAUAAUGAUAAUAGUUCUAUUCAUGAAACAUCAUUAACAAGUAUUCUAUUCAAUCUAAAUGAUAUUCUAUCUUUUAAUGAAUAUCAUUCUAUGACAAAUACAUUAAUACAUUAUAUGGAUCAUUGGAAUCAAUCCAAUUUAGAUUAUACAAAUAGAUUAUUUCAAGAGAAUAUUCAUCAAAUGAAAUACAAUGUAUGGUUCCCUAAUGAUACUACUACUACUACUACUACUACUACUAAUAAUAAUAAUAAUAAUUAUACUACUGAAAUGAAUUUAUUAUCUAAUGUCAAUGAAGAUUUAUUAUUAAAUACUUCAUUGAAUCAAAUUAAUAUGAAACAUAUUAUGGAUAGAUAUUCAUCUAUAGAUCAAUUAAAUAAUGAUAAACAAUUAAAAGAUACUUUUAAUCAAUAUGAUGAGGAUCAAAUCUUUAUGAAUAAAAACAAUGAAGAUGACGGUGACGACGACGACGACGACAAUAACAACGUGAACAUUAAAGACAAUGAUGAUGAUGACGAAGAUGAUGAUGAUGAUGAAGACGACGGCAAUAACAACGGCAGCAGCAACAACAACAACAACGACGACGACGACAGUGACAAUCACAACACCAAUUCAUCUUAUUACAUUUAUAAUAAAAUAUAUAAACAACAAUCUAUAAUCCAUUCUACUAGAACAUAUUAUCCAUUAAGAAUAACUGAUAAAACAAUAUCUAUUCCUGAAUUACCAUUUGGUUAUAAAUUAUUAUUUGAUAUUAUAUCUACAUGGGGUAAUCCUAAUUAUGUUGGUUUAAAUGGUAUUGAAAUAUUUUUAUCAAAUGGUAUGAAUAUUACAAAAUUAUGUCAUAUUACAACAGAUCAUUCAUUAGAUAGGAAUAGACUAUCCAACGAUGAUGAUGAUGAUGAUGAUCAUACUCAUCCUCAUCAUGAUCAUCUUCAUCAUGAUUAUCCUCAUCAUGAUCAUCUUCAACAUGAUCAUCCUCAUCAUGAUCAUCUUCAUUAUGAUCAUUAUCGUAAAGAUUCAAGUAUGAUCAAUCAUUUAAUUGAUGGUAUUAAUUGGACUAAUGAUGAUCAACAUAUAUGGUUAAUACCAUUUAAAUUAGGUAAACGACAUUUAAUUGAAAUUACAUUACCUAAAUGGAUUCAAUCAUCCAUUGGUUUAAUACGUAUAUGGAAUUAUAAUAAAUCAUGGAUAGAUUCAUAUUGUGGUGUAAAAGAUUUAAUUAUUUAUUUAGAUAAUCAACCAAUAUUUUAUAAUGAAAUACAUAAAGCAACUGGUUUUAUUCAUGGAAAUUUAGAAGAUUUUUGUGAAACUAUUUUAUUUUCUAAUAAUAAUGAUAUAUUAAAUUUAAUUGGACAAAAUGAUACUUUAUACAAAUUAACACAACAACAACAACAACAACAACAACAAGAUACUACUAAUAAUAUUGAUGAUGAUGAUGAUCUUGUUGCCAUGGUUACAAAUGAGAAUAUAUUAGAUGUAAUUGGACAAAAUGAUACUUUAUCCAAAAUAAGACAACAACAACAACAAGAUACUACUAAUAAUAUUGAUGAUGAUGAUGAUCUUGUUGCCAUGGUUACAAAUGAGAAUAUCUUAAAUGUAAUUGGACAAAAUGAUACUUUAUCCAAAUUAAGACAACAACAACAACAACAAAGAUACUACUAAUAAUAUUGAUGAUGAUGAUCUUGUUGCCAUGGUUACAAAUGA